AUGUGGGCUGGUGUGCUACUGUGCCUGUUGGCUAGGGUCUCUGAAAACCUGGCCAGGGACUAUGAGGAGUACGACACUUUUGAUUUCUACGAUGAUGGCAUUGAAGACACCGGAAUUACCUCGGCAACGUUUGAAGUUGAAGGUCCUACGCGUAUGAAAAGGUCUGAAGAACAAGAUACUAAUAUGCCAAGCCGUAAUGACAACAUCGACGAAAAAGCAGAAAAAGAUAAUCCAAGUACGACUAUGCAAACAGAAAGCCCAGAAUCGUUAGAAAAACGAUCAACUAACAAAGAAGAUACCGAAAUUUAUGAAUAUGUCGGUGGAACAGAUAGCGCACAGAUAUGGCAACCAGAAGCUAACGGUCAGGCCACGAGAUUACAUGGGUACGUCACUGAGGUAACUCGACAGAAUUGGAUGCCUUAUACAGCGAAACAAUGGGAACCUAUUAAUAAAGACGUCAAUGCAGAAGCAACUGAUGCAGCCGUCACGAUCCAGGACAGAACUCCUACCAUUGAUGUCAUGGUCUGGAAUCCUGAUGUACUAAAGCCCUCUAACAUUACCGAGGUUGUCCAUCAGAGCCUUCCUACAGACUGUGUAGAACGAUGGAAGCACAUCUGGCCUGAUGAUGGUGCUAACUCAAAUGCUACGAAUUUCCAUAAUUGGAACUCUGCGAUUGGCGAAAAAGGGACAUCAGCCCCAACACCAGAUGAGACGACCAUGCAAUGGCCACCCACUCGAUGGUCACCGCUAGAUGUUCAACGCUGGCGCUCGAGUGAGGAUGACAAACGGCUAAAGGUCGAGACAACUUCGAAAUACGACAAGGAAGACAUCAAGGCGGAAGUGAGAAAAAUGAUACAACAUUGGGAUCCAAAUCCUACUGAAGAUGGUGAAACUUUGAGCUCUACAGACGGUGGCAAAAGUUGGAAUCCCAAUUUGGACUUCCAGCAGUGGAUGGCUAAUUUGGAUGGCCAGACUUUGAGGCCCUUACAUUGGCGCCCACUAGUUGACACCGAUCACUGGACGCCCACUGUUGACGCUCAACACUGGAGCCUCACAGAGUACCUGUUAAGGAUGUCCGACACAAUGCACACUGGCCAGACUUAUCUACAGAAUCAAAGUAUAACAGCUCCGAACAGCACCCUGACUUUCAACUACACAGGAUGGGUGGAUACAGUGACUGUGGUCUCUGAGACAACUACUGACACUCCUGAUAGUACUACCGUCGAGACAACCACUGCAGUAAGUAAGAAGACUAAGAAGUCUCCUUACAUUGACAUAAAGGCGAUUGUUGAAAUUCUCGCGAAUCUCACGGACGAUUAUGAGUGGAAUAUCACCCAGGAGUUUAACAAGACGCUACUAGAAUCCGGUGUUCCGUCGUGUCCUACGCCCUCCGAGCCGACCACUACGACCACCGCGCCCGCCAUCUACGACUUCUCUAGAUCCCCCGUCGUCAGCAAGUGCUUCGUCUGCGGGCUGACGACCACGGAGAUCCCGCGCAGCGCGCACUGCGCUGAUGCGUUCGGCGGGGACUUCUUGCCGCUGGCGCCCGUCGACGCUCGCUCCCGAAGCCACAUUGCGUCCUUCAGGAAGUAUUGCAGACGCAUGGACGUACACAACUUCGUGGUGAACCCGUCGGAGCCACGCUCCAUCUACGGGCGGUUCACAGGCGGCUGCGCAGUCCGCUGGACGGACCUCUCGGGCGUGUACACGCAGCGCACCUGCCGCGCCAAGUUCCGGCCACUGCUGGGCAAGCACUUCGGCAGCAAGCGGCUGGCCAAGCUGGAGCUGGCGCUCAUCAACGUGAGGAACGGCUGCAUCGCCAGCCCGAUGGCGACUCUGCUGCCGCUGUCGCGCGGCAUUUCGCUGUACGCGCGCUUCCACGCGUGCGUCUGCACGGGCAACUGGUGCAACCGCGCGCCGCCGCUACUCGGCGCGCUCCACGCACUGCAUACGUCAUGUGUAAGGGGGGAGAUCCCUAUAAUAUAUGUGUUGUGUUUUGUUUUCGUGCCUGUUUUGUGUUUGUUUUGGUUUCAGUAUUCAAGUGGUUUUGUUGUCAAUUAUUUCUGUUUUUUUUUUUGUUAG